UCCGGAGUGAAACAGCAAUUCGACUCAACCUUGUUUUCCGAUGGGGAGGGAGAGCAGUAGCUGCGGCGCCGGCAAUCUGACAUGGCGCGCGGAAGCAGAAAUCGCCGGAAACGACACGGCUCUCAAAGCUCUCCGAGAACUCAUCGUCUACCCCUUUCUCUAUCCUCGUGAAGCCCGAAAGCUUGGUCUCAAAUGGCCUAGAGGGUUGCUCUUGUAUGGCCCUCCUGGAACCGGGAAGACAAGCCUAGUGCGUGCUGUUGUCCGGGAAUGUGAUGCACAUUUGAUUGUUCUAAGCCCUCAAUCUGUUCUUAGAGCCCAUGCUGGUGAAAGUGAGAAAGUGUUAAGGGAAGCUUUUGCAGAGGCGUCUUCUCGUGUUGUUUCAGGCAAGCCAUCAGUGAUUUUCAUUGAUGAAAUUGAUGCCCUUUGUCCUCGUCGUAAUUCUAGCAGGCGAGAGCAGGAUGCUCGUGUCACUUCUCAGCUCUUGAUACUGAUGGACUCGAACAAGCCUCCAUCAUCUGCACCCGGAGUUGUUGUUGUUGCAUCCACAAACAGGGUAGAAGCCAUUGACCCUGUUCUAAGAAGGUUUGGACGGUUCGAUGCUGAAAUUGAAGUGAGCACGCCAAAUGAGAAGGACCGUCUAAAAAUUCUGGAGCUUUAUACAAAGAACAUCAAUUUAGACCCGACCAUUAAUCUGCAAGCGAUUGCAGCAUCUUGCAAUGGCUAUGUUGGGGCGGAUUUGGAAACUUUGUGCCGUGAAGCAAUCGUAUCUGCAGUUGAAAGGUCCAAAGAUUCAGCAUCUUUCGGAAAUGUUGAUACCUUUAGCUUAACAAUGCAAGACUUUAGAUAUGCAAAGCCUACAGUGGGUUCGAGUAUAACCAGAGGCAUUACUGUUGAAGUUCCAGAAGUGACAUGGGAUGAUAUCGGUGGUCUUAGAGACAUAAAGAAAAAGCUCAGGCAGGCCGUUGAAUGGCCGAUCAAACAUUCAGAUGCAUUUACGAGAAUGGGCAUAUCGCCGGUGCGUGGCAUUCUUCUUCAUGGACCCCCAGGCUGCUCAAAGACAACACUUGCUAAAGCUGCUGCCAAUGCUGCUCAAGCCUCUUUCUUUUCCUUAGGUGGCGCGGAGCUAUUUUCCAUGUACGUUGGAGAAGGCGAAGCAUUAUUGAGGAAUACAUUUCGAAGAGCCCGGCUUGCCUCCCCGAGCAUAAUACUCUUUGACGAGGCUGAUGUUGUCGCCGGUAAAAGAGGUAAGAGUUCAAGCAACAGCUCUACAGUUGGAGAAAGGCUUCUAUCUACAUUGCUAACUGAAAUGGACGGACUCGAAGAAGCAAAGGGAAUUCUUGUUCUGGCUGCUACAAACCGCCCAUAUGCAAUCGAUGCCGCUCUUAUGCGACCCGGCCGAUUUGAUCUGGUGCUUUAUGUUCCGCCACCUGAUCUAGAAGCUCGGCUUGAGAUCCUUCAAGUUCAUACACGAAACAUGAGUACAGGAGACGACGUUGAUCUGAGAAAGAUUGCGGAAGGCACCGAACUCUUCACAGGUGCAGAGCUCGAGGGUGUGUGCAAAGAAGCGGGAAUGGUGGCUCUCAGAGAAGACAUAGCGGCAACCGCAGUGUAUGAUCGCCAUUUUCAGACAGCUAAAAACUCGCUUAAACCUGCGCUGACGAGAGAAGUGGUUGACGCUUAUGCAUCGUUCAAGAAGUCGAAAGGAACGAAUCCGAGUAUGAAACCCGUCGAGAAGAAGAAGAAGAAAGUGUUGGGAUUUGGAUUUAGCUGGAAGAUCGGAGUGAUCGGAUUCGUGUUGCUUCUUGCUGGGAAUUAUUACAUGAAGGGUGGAGACCAAACUCAUGAACUUGUAGUUACAUGAGUUUCUCUUAUUAUUAUUUGCAACGGGUCUUUUUUAUUAUUUCAUUUUUUUUAGGAAACCCAAAAUUGAACAAAAAAUGAUUUUGUAACUCUUCUUUAACAAUGUAAGGAAUUAAGUUCAACGCGAA